GUGUGGAGACCGGAGAUCUUCCUAAAGAGGUAUAAGCAUGUGGUGAGUGCAGACGACGGUCAAUGACCAGUCUGCUUUGCAAUUGAUGUAGCACAACUUGACAACUGAAUCCUCUCUGUUGGUGCUUGCUCUUCUUCAAUGGCUUCUGCAAUGCUAAAUGGGGGUGCAAACCUCACCCUCAUUAGCGGAAUCUCCUCAAACCCAAAACGGUCAGGUUUUCUUCUCCCAAAAUUUCACGCCCACAAUUUCCCCACCUUAACCUCAGUUUCUUACGGCCACAAGAUCUCAGUUAGGGUUGCGGAGAGAAAGACCCUUACCCCAAAAUGCAGUCUUUCUACUUCUGCCAGACCAGCCUCACAGCCAAGAUUCAUACAGCACAAACAAGAGGCGUUUUGGUUUUACAGAUUUCUCUCAAUUGUGUAUGACCACAUCAUAAACCCUGGACACUGGACUGAGGAUAUGAGGGAUGAUGCUUUGGAACCAGCAGAUCUGUGUGAUAGGAAUUUCAGAGUGGUGGAUGUGGGUGGAGGGACAGGUUUCACUACUUUGGGGAUAGUUAAGCAUGUUGAUGCCAAGAAUGUGACCAUUCUUGACCAGUCUCCUCAUCAGCUUGCCAAGGCUAAGCAGAAGGAUCCUUUGAAGGAAUGCACCAUUAUUGAAGGGGAUGCUGAGGACCUCCCUUUCCCCACUGACUCUGUCGAUAGAUAUGUUUCUGCUGGCAGCAUUGAGUACUGGCCAGACCCGCAACGUGGAAUCACGGAAGCUUACCGGGUUCUUAAACAUGGAGGAAAGGCGUGCUUGAUUGGUCCAGUCCAUCCAACAUUUUGGCUCUCUCGCUUCUUUGCAGACGUGUGGAUGCUCUUUCCAACGGAGGAAGAGUACAUCCAGUGGUUUAAAAAUGCUGGAUUCAAAGAUGUCCAGCUUAAAAGAAUUGGCCCGAAAUGGUAUCGCGGGGUUCGCAGACAUGGGCUGAUCAUGGGAUGUUCUGUUACCGGUGUAAAACCUGCACCUGGGGACUCCCCUUUGCAGCUUGGUCCUAAGGCAGAGGAUGUAUCUAAACCUGUAAAUCCGUUUGUAUUUCUUAUGCGGUUCAUUCUUGGUGUCAUGGCAGCAACAUACUAUGUGUUGGUUCCUAUUUACAUGUGGCUCAAGGAUCAAAUUAUUCCCGAAGGUCAACCAAUUUAGAGGGUAGUAAAUCCUACCUUUAAGUUGUAAUUUCUCAAGUUUUUUCAUUCCUAGUUGAUCAAAAUGAAUCUCAAGAUUAGUAGUCCUCAUCUUUGUUGAUGGGCACUCUGAUCUCUUUCCCCAUUUUUUUCAUGUAAUGUUUGUUUUCAUGAUUGUAUGUGUGAAACAUGUUUUAAGAAGUAUUGGUCACCUGCAAAGUUGAGUCUUCAUUUUGUAAGAAAUCUUCAUAUAUACUUUGCACAUAGAUAUAUAUAAUGAUAAAUUAAUGAUGUUGUUAACAAA